CAUUAAUCAAGUCGUGAUAAUAUGACCAAAAAAGGUAAAAACGUAAAACGCAUUUCUUAAGAAGAUCAAGGGUGGAAAAAGAAUCAAUUUUUCUCACAUAAGGAAAGAAAUUAAACGUAUGGGUUUUGUCCCCUAUAGGAAAAUGAAAUAAGAUCGUCUCUUCUCGCAUCUCUUCCUUUCAUUCUCACCCUGCCAUAAUUUUCUCCUUCGGUUGCCCCCAUAGGAAUCGUCCUGCUAACUUUUGAGAUAUCAAGAGGUGAACGCUAAGUGAUGAAUCGGCCAAAGGUCCAGCGACGUGUUGGUAAAUAUGAGGUUGACAAAACCAUUGGACAAGGCACUUUCGCUAAAGUGAGGUAUGCUAAGAACGCGGAGACAGGAGAAUCCGUUGCUCUUAAAAUCCUUGAUAAACAGAAGCUUCUCAAAAACAACAAGAUGUCUGUACAGAUAAAGAGAGAAAUCUCUACUAUGAAGCUGAUUAACCAUCCAAAUGUAGUGCGGCUCUAUGAGGUUUUGGCUAGCAAGACAAAGAUAUACAUUGUCCUAGAAUUUGCCAUGGGUGGAGAGCUUGUUGAUAAAAUUAGACAUGAUGGGCGCUUGAAAGAAGAUGGAGCACGAAGAUAUUUUCAGCAGCUUAUCAAUGCAGUUGAUUACUGCCACAGCAGGGGAGUGUACCACAGAGACUUAAAGCCGGAAAACUUGCUUCUAGAUGGUCAAGGAAAUCUGAAAAUCUCUGAUUUUGGAUUGAGUGCCUUGUCCAGACAAGCCGGGGGCGAUGGGCUUCUCCACACUACAUGUGGAACUCCAAACUAUGCUGCUCCUGAGGUUCUUGGUGAUCAAGGCUAUGAUGGGGCAACCGCAGACUUGUGGUCCUGUGGAGUGAUACUCUUUGAACUACUUUCUGGGCAUUUGCCUUUCGAGGAUUCUAAUCUCCUGACGCUGUAUAACAAGAUAACAGCUGCUGAAUAUAAUUGUCCUUAUUGGCUCUCUCCUGGUGCCAAGAACUUGAUUGUCCGAAUCUUGGACCCAAACCCGACGACUCGUAUCAAAGUUCCAGAGAUUCUGGAAGAUGCGUGGUUCAAGAAAGAUUACAAGCCAGCCGUUUUCGAGGAGAGAGAAGAAGCAAAGUUGGAUGAUGUGGAAGAUGUUUUUAAAGAUUCAGAAGAGCAUCAUGUCACAGAAAAGAAAGAGGAGCAGCCAACUUCUAUAAACGCCUUUGAGUUGAUAUCAAUGUCGAGGGCUCUGGAUCUCGGAAACUUUUUUGAAGGAGUAGAGGGAUUCAAGCGAGAAACAAGAUUUGCAGCCUUAGGCGGUGCUAAUGAAUUAGUCCAAAAGAUUGAAGCAGCUUCUAAGCCUCUUGGUUUCGAUAUUCAAAAGAAUAACUAUAAGAUGAGACUUGAAAACGUGAAUGCUGGAAGGAAGGGAAACCUAGAAGUGGCGACUGAGAUAUUUCAAGUAUCACCAUCUCUUCAUAUGGUGGAAGUCCGGAAAACUAAAGGGGAUACAUUAGAGUUCCAUAAGUUCUACAAGAAGCUCUCGACCACACUUAAGGAUGUGGUCUGGAAAUCCGGUGAUACCUCUGAUAAUAACAACAAAUGAGAGAAAGACUGAGACUGAUUCAUGUCUCUGAUUGAUCAUUCUGAAUUUUCUGAUUUAUCUUUUUUAUUAUUGGACUCGAUUCUUUUGAACAUAUUAGAGAAAAAAACAAGAUCAUGAGAUUGACUCUGUAAAUAUCGAACUAUGUGCAGUAACAACAAGGUGUUUAUAACAUUCUCUUGUAUUUAAUCCCAAAAAUAUUAAUCUUGUCCAA